AUGAAGAAAUCUCCACUAGCUGAUCAUGCAAUCACGACUUCAGUCAAGUCAACUUCGACGCCUCUCACGAUAGUAUUCUCAAACUAUCCGUGCAGAAAACAUCAAGGAGUCGGAGUCAACCCUCAUGCCAAAAAUCUUCUGUCAAACGAAGUUAGAGAAGGAUUGUUCAAGGAAAAGAGGAAGCUUGAAACUCUUCAACGAGAGAGGAAGUUGAAAACUCUUCGACGAGGUAGCCAGAUCUCCAAGUACAAGCACAUCGCAAUGGAAAGGAGUCAAGCUGAUCGGAAUUCACUGGAGGACGUCUAUAAGUCAAGGAGACAAGCUCAGCUGAAGUUGAGCGAAUCACCAUUAACCUGGACACCAGCCAACUCUGACAGCACCUUCAUGAUGUCUUCAACGCAGAUUCAAAUCGUCAUCGUUUGGCAUAAUAUUCACUCAAGAACCAACGCAAGGAUUCAAGACGACAGUCAUGGACCAAAGGAGUCAAACGUCUUCAUGCAAGAAGGACAAGCAGUCGGAACUCAGCGAAUGUUGAGGUUUCGAAAGACAAGGAGAAAUCUGCCAGAAGGUUCGAGAGCAAUCGAAGGACCAGCUCAGCAGAUCAAUCGAAAUCUCAUCGAUCGAAACCAAAAGCCUGAAGAACUUGGUUCUCAAGUUAAAAACCUGACAGUGAGAAGUCAGGAGUAUCUGACAGUGAGAAGUCAGGAAGGGAAGAACCAUCCAUCUGUGAAGGAGGUUCUGCCCAGGAGAAGCGCAGCCAUGAAAAUGGUUGCCAUCCACAUCUUACAAAGCCAACAAAGUCAAAGGACGCCAACAGGAGUCAAAAGACCAAGACAAGCAAAGGGAUAA